AGAGUAAUGGAGAACGGAAAUGGCUUGAAGAUAAUGGAGAAGAAUGGUUUGAGUUUGAAUUUGAAGUUGCAGAACGGAACGAAGGUGGAUAACGGUACUCAUUGGUGUUUCAGAGGAAACAAAGAACUCGACACACCUCCUGAAAUCACCAUUAGAGGUGUUCUAGGCAUGCUUAAGGAUAGUCUUGAUCCUUCAGACCCUAGACCCACUAUUCCUCUCGGCCAUGGCGAUCCUUCUUACUUUCCUUGCUUCCGUACGGCCGAGGUAGCUGAGAAAUCCAUCGCCGAUGCUCUUCACUCUGCUAAUUUCAACUGUUAUGCUCCCACUGCUGGUCUCCCUUCUGCUCGCAGGGCUGUGGCAGAGCAUCUCUCUGCUGAUCUUCCAUACAAGUUAAUAGCUGAUGAUGUUUUCAUCACCGUCGGUUGUACACAAGCGAUUGAAGUGGCGUUAUGUGCCUUGGCUCGCCCAGGUGCAAAUAUUUUGCUUCCUAGACCAGGUUUCCCUAUCUAUGAGGCUCGUGCGGUUUAUAGCCAUCUCGAAAUACGAUUUUUUGAUCUUCUUCCUGAAAAGGGCUGGGACGUCGAUCUCAAUGCGAUUGAAGCUCUCGCAGAUGAGAACACAGUUGCAAUGGUUAUCAUUAACCCUGGCAAUCCUUGUGGGAAUGUCUUCACUUAUGAACAUUUGGAGAAGGUUGCUGAAACUGCGAGAAAGCUUGGAAUCCUGGUAAUUUCAGAUGAGGUUUAUGAUCACAUCACUUUUGGGAGCAAGCCAUUUGUGCCGAUGGGAGUAUUUGCUUCCAUUGUCCCAGUCCUUACUCUUGGCUCUAUAUCCAAAAGAUGGAUAGUGCCUGGUUGGAGAAUCGGUUGGUUGGCCACAAAUGAUCCUAAUGGCAUCCUUAAAAAAACUAGGGUUGUUGACUGCAUUAAGGGGUAUCUCAAUAUCUCUGUUGAUCCAACAACCUUUAAUCAGGGGGCACUUCCUCAUAUCCUUGAGAAAACAAAAGAAGAUUUCUUUCAGAAUAUCAUAAAUACCUUGGAGCACACUUCGGAAAUUUGUUAUCAGAAGCUAAAGGAGAUUGAUUGCAUUACUUGUCCGCAUAAAGCAGAGGGAUCCAUGUUUGUAAUGGUAAAACUGAAUCUGGGACUUCUAGAAGACAUUAAGGAUGAUAUGGACUUCUGCUUCAAGUUGGCCAAAGAGGAAUCCGUGAUUGUUCUUCCAGGUAUUGUGGUGGGACUGAAAAACUGGCUCCGCAUCUCCUUUGCUAUUGAUCCAUGUUCUCUUGAAGAUGCCUUGGGGAGAAUAAAAGUUUUUUGCCAGAGGCAUUCCAAGCAAAAGUAAGGGAACUACCUAUCAUUUGUAUGAACCAUGGAGAGGAGGUCAUCAACUGCUCGUUGGAUGUCAAGCUCCAUUAUAUUUGCUGAAACCAGUUACCUGUCCUUUGGUCUAUUGAGCAUUUUAGCAGGAGGAAAUCAUCUGAACGAAAUAAUUAUAAUUUUAAUGAAGUAAUUUUAUUUUUCAUUUACAAGAUCUUUCUUUAUCUUGGAAUAUCAAAGCUUGAAGCAUGAUCGCGAUAAGUGUCCUCAUUUGAAACAUCUCUGAUGACCAUCAGAUUAGAAAGGAGUUAACAGCAUAUUUCACAACAUUAGUGUCUAUUCCAAUAUCUGAU